GCACAUACUCAUCAGCGCUACUUACAAUCGUGUUUUUCUACAUAAGGAAUUUUAAAGCACGGAUUCUUUGUAAUGUUUAUUGCAUGGUGUUUAGUACAUGCACUUUCUCUAUCCUCAGUUUAUGCUUAUGAUACUUCAGCCUCUACCUACUUGCUAGAACAUAGUUUAAUGGAAGAUGGAGUUUUUAGCCAAUUAAAUGGAAUUACAAUCAAGUCAUCUUCUGGGGUACUAAGUUUAGUAUCUGAUGGCCAUAGUUUCACUGCGAAUGAAAAACAGCUGUUACUAGAGUCUGCUACGGCUGGCAGGCUGUAUACUAUUCGUAUGCCCAUCUCGGAAAAAGAGUUCAUCGAGUCCUCUAUCCUAGCGGUAAUAAAAUUUUCUAUUCUCUAGUGUUUUAAAGUGCCAACUUGUUGCUUCUAGGAUGAAACUUAAGGUAACCCUUAGUGUUAACGACGUUGGAAAUCCAAUUGCCAUACAUUUAAGUACUUCAAA